AUGGACAAGGGUAGUACUUUACCUGUGGAAAUAUCUCCACAAUUGUUGAGACCAUUGGCGUACAGAUUAUUGUCGAAGAAGUAUGGGUUGAAUAUUAAGUCAGAUGGGCUUGCUUCUCUGGCCAAGUUUAUUGGAAGUACCUUUGGGAUGACUUGGAAAAGAAGCCCUGAAUCUUUGAAGUUUCUGGAGAAGUUUGCUACGGUAUGGAGAGAGCAAGAACGUGGAUUAUUUGUUGAUGCACAAGGUGUUGAAGAAGUGAUCAAGGAGCUUAUUGAGCGUAACAAAGCGGCCCAGGAACAGCGGAGGCUAUGUGUCAAGUCUGUGGUAGCUCCUGAGUCUGUAAAACCGAAAACUUUGGAUGCGUUUUUGAAAUCAAAGCCAAAAAAUGCAAGUGCAGAAGAUGUGGAUAUUGUAAGUGUAAGAGAAGAUACGCAACCGGAUCUGCAACCAGUGAAGGAUAUUACCGGUGAUGUUGUUAUGGAUUUAAGCGAUGAUGCAAAUUAUAGUGCUGAGAAUGAUGCUUCUGCUGCUUCCAAUGAUGAGUUAAACUGGUCCGAUUACUUUAAAAUUAUCAAUUCCUUUUCUCAACAGCGGUUUACCUAUGAUGCAGUGAAGAAGAGAUUCCGAUUUGUGCGUCCAAAGGAGAUGCAGAACUUGAAGAGCUCUUUCAUAUCCAAGUUAAAGAUCCCAACAGUUGAAUCUGGGAUUCCUCUUUUUUCAACAAGGUAUCAUCUCGUAAAGGAAAGAGUUUUAAGAAAUGAAAACUUCCAAAACGGCGAUACUUACAAUCCUCUCUCAUCCAUGGCCCAAUUGGAAAAUCAGUUAAAGGGAAGUAAUUUAAACUUGGGAUCUAGUGUAUACAUGUCUAUAACUCAGAUUAAAAACUUGCUCGGCCGUGACGGUAAGAAUUUCUUAUUACUUGGUGUUUUAAGAAAGAAUUCUAAAGGUGUUUGGUUGUUAGAAGACCCCUCUGGUCAAGUGGACUUGGAUAUUUCAGAAGCAAUUCCAACGAAGGGUUCUUAUUAUGUACCCGGAUGCAUCCUUUUAGCUGAAGGUAUUUAUUCGCGUAACAUGUUUCAUGUUUCAUCGAUCACACAUCCACCAGGUGAAAGAAGAGAAGUAACCCUAGAUGCAAUAGGCAAUCUCGACAUGCUAGGAAUACAUGAGUUAUCCAGUGAGCACUAUAUUGCUAGGUUAGAUAGGGACUUGAAGAUUAGACUACACUAUCUUGAAAAAGAAUUAACAGAUCAUCGUUUUGUGUUGCUCGGCGGCAAUAUUUUCCUAGAUGAAGUGAAUACCUUCGACGCUUUGACAAAAGUAUUCAAAGUUCUGAACGCUGAUCCUCCAACUGUAAUAGUUUUAAAUGGUUCUUUCAAUUCCACCCCUUUACACCCCUCCAUGACUAGCAAGAACAUCAGUUCUACUACUACAUAUAAGAAUAAUUUUGACGCUCUUGCUUCUCUAUUAUCGAACUAUGAAAGGUUAAUUAAUGAAUGCACUUUCAUAUUUAUCCCCGGGCCCAAUGACCCUUGGAGUUCAAUGGUCACUUCAGGUGUCCCUGGAUUGUUACCUCAGAAGGAAAUCCCUAUAAAUUUUGUUAGCAGAGUCAAUAGGAUAUGCAGACAUGUUUUUUGGGGUUCUACUCCUACAAGAGUUGCAUACUUAUCGCAGGAGAUACUUUUAACGAGAGAUGAUAUAUGCACUAGGUUUAAAAGGAAUAAUGUAAUAUUCCCAAUCACAGAAGCGGAAAAAAUGGAACAAUAUCUAACAUUGCAAAAAGAGUUACAAGAUGAGGAUCACGACCCAGAUCUCAGUAUCAGUCAGCUCAUAAAAUCCAGAGAUCAACUUCCAGCUAGUGUACAAGAGUCUAGGAAAAUCGUCAAGACACUUCUUGAUCAACAGCAUUUAUCUCCUUUUAUCUCACAAAUCAGACCAACUAUAUGGGAUCUAGAUCACACUUUGCACUUGUUACCAAUUCCAUCUACAUUGGUCAUUUGUGAUGUUACCACCUGCCAAUAUGAUGUUACAUAUAAUGGGUGCAAGACAAUUAAUCCUGGAGUAUUCAUACAUAGACGAACUGCACAUUACGUGGAAUUCAUUCCAUCCUUAAGAAAGACAAUUAAGGAGGAAGUUCCUUUCUAA